AUGGCAGACUCUUCUCCACCUUGGUCGGCCCUGCGCUCCGUCUUUGAGCCCUCGCUCCCCGCCUACUGCGAACCCGAGUCCGACUUCCUCUUUCGCUUCUCCUCCACCUUCCACACCUGCGUGCCCACCAAGCUUGCCUUCAUAUCCUCGCUCCUCGGAACCCUCAGCAUCGUAUCGUGGCUCUUUGCCCAGCUGCCCCAGAUAUACAAGAACUACACCCUCAAGAGCACCUCGGGGCUCAGCAUAUUCUUUCUCGCCGAAUGGCUGUUGGGUGACCUGUCGAACCUGCUGGGUUCGCUGUUUACCGACCAGGCUCUGUGGCAGGUGAUAAUCGCCUGCUACUACUGCUUCGUGGACUGCUGUCUGGUCGCACAAUGGAUUUGGUACGAGCGCUUGCGCCACGGCCGCCCGUUGGUGCGCGUGUGGAGGAGAGGCUCGCGCGACAACUAUCAUGGCGAUAGCGCGGCCGAUAUGACUGAGUUCAUUGACGGCGUGUCCAUCUCCGAUAACGACAGCACUGACGCGAAGCGCGUGCCGCACUCGGAUCCCAAGGAUGUCUUCCGGAGCCCGCAGUAUUCGUCAUCGCCCUCUUCCAAGGAACGUGAGGAUAUGGAUGAGGACGAUAUGGAGCCUACGCCCUCGAACCGCAGCAUCCGUCGUAUCGGCCGCUCCGGCUCCCCGUACCCGUCUCCGCGCACUGUCCUCUAUGUCUCCAUGCUCCUUGCCGUUGUUGCGCAAGCCUCUCCUCUGAAUGGACCGAGCCCGGCGUACCCUAUCAUCGCGCACCAAAAGGAGUCGACGGAGACUGCCACGCAGGUGGCCGGCCGGCUGCUGUCCUGGCUUAGCACGGUCAUGUACCUGGGCUCCCGCAUGCCGCAGCUGUACAAGAACUACAAACGCAAGUCCACUUCUGGCUUGUCCCCGACUCUCUUCCUGGCGGCAUUCAUGGGCAACUUGUUCUACUCAUCCUCCAUCCUUUCGAAUCCGUGCGCGUGGGGCACAUACCCGCCUCACGGAGCUCGUGGCUGGGUCGGAUCCGGGGGCAGCGUGCAGUCCGAAUGGGUCGGUCGGGCCAUCCCGUUCUGGCUGGGAGCGGCGGGUGUGCUGAUGAUGGACGGCGCCGUCGGCGUGCAGUUCUGGUACUACGGCGAGGGAUCGCUCGCCGACUCCACUAUCCUCGUGCCUGAGGAGGGUGGGAAGCGAUGGAGAUGGCGGAGGGUCUCAGGCUGGCUUAGGGGAUGGAUCCCCUCAGUCGACGGAGGUGCAGGUAACAGCGGACUGUCCUCACCAAGCGCGGAGGAACAACGAUUACUGGGCGCCGGUGCGGAGGAGCGGUAUGGCGGGGUUUAG